AUGAAACCCCAAGAGAGUCUAGGUAGAUUAUCAAAUAGCAGCAGGAUAUCGCUUAUUGAAGAUGAGAACAUCCAAGUACCACCGAAUGACCCCAUGCCGUCAGUGUUCGACAAUGAGGACGCCGAAGAUGAGAACAGCCAACAACUGCUACCCAAAAACGUGGAUGCAUACACAUUUGUUAGCGUGCACAUCAACCGACCGCAUCCAGACCUUACACCUUUUAUCCAGAAUGAAGACAUAACAGACAAGGACUUGCUCGAGAAGUACUUGACCACAAAGAUGCCGGACGCGCUUUUCCAUGUUGGGGACGUUUCCCUUUCAAUCUACAACAAAGAGCCCAUGAACGCCCUGCUCUCUUGUACUAUAGUAAAAGAAAAUAAGAGUCGAAAGCUAGCUACCAUAAGCUGGGUUAAUCUCAGCAGAGUAAAGAUGAGCGAAGCUAUGCUAAGAGGAGCUGAGCUGAUCUGA